AUUGGCACUACUGGUUUUUCCUCACUUCCGUCUUGUGUCUGUCGUUUGUGUCCUUUUUUACAGCGUGUCAUGGUGGAGUAAAAGUUAACUCCGCAACAUGCAGAUUUUUGUAAAAACUUUGACAGGUAAGACCAUCACCCUUGAGGUUGAACCGUCAGAUACCAUCGAGAAUGUCAAAGCAAAGAUCCAAGACAAAGAAGGUAUCCCCCCUGAUCAGCAACGUCUAAUUUUCGCUGGGAAACAGUUAGAAGAUGGACGUACCUUAUCCGACUAUAACAUUCAGAAGGAAUCAACGCUUCAUCUCGUGUUGAGACUCCGUGGUGGCGCUAAGAAACGUAAGAAGAAGAAUUACUCUACACCCAAAAAAAUCAAGCAUAAGAAAAAGAAGGUUAAGCUAGCUGUAUUGAAAUUUUACAAAGUUGAUGAAAAUGGUAAAAUCCAUAGAUUGAGACGUGAAUGUCCUGCAGAACAGUGUGGCGCUGGUGUCUUUAUGGCAGCCAUGGAGGACCGCCAUUACUGCGGUAAAUGCGGUUAUACAUUGGUUUUCUCCAAACCAGAAGAUAAGUAAUGCGACAUUAUAUUAUUAAGAAAUAAUUCUUAUUAAAAAAA